UAAAUAACCGGGACGUGGGUGCAGCUGUGGGGAGCGGGUGGGUGCUCGGGGUGCUCCUCACUCUGUAGGCGCAGUGGGGCAGAGACUCCGUUUGCGCGGAGGGUUUGAGGGGGGGGGGGAGAGGUCACCCAAGGGUUUUGGGGGGCUCUGGCGGGUGCCACCAUGCCCUUUGGCGAGUUGAAGUUCAAGGAGCUGGGCGAGGAGGAGCCCACCUGGGAGGAGGAGAGCCUGGACAGCGUGAAGGCGCUGACGGCCAAGCUGAAGCUGCAGACGCGGAGACCUUCCUACCUGGAGUGGGAAGCCCGGGUGAGGGGGCAGCCCUGGCGCAGCCGGACCCCCGGGGGGGCACGGGGGGCAGAGCAGUGCCCUGGGCACCCCGGGGAUGAGGAGGAGUGGGAUGGUGGCGUCUGUGGCUUCGCCACCGUGGAGGCGGCUCUGGAGUGGCUCAGGAUGGAGCUGCGGGAGAUGCAGGCUGUGGACCAGCGCCUGGCGCAGCAGCUGAUGCGCCUGCGGGCGCGGCUGCACCGGCUGAAGGUGGAGCAGGCCUGCCACCAGCACAAGGAGAUGCUGGACGAUGCUACCUUCGGCCUCGAGGGCUGUGAGGAAGACUCGGACCUGCUCUGCAACAUCCCGCCCAAGGCCGCCUUCUUGCUCUCCACGCCGCUCAAGCACAUCGGCGUCACCCGCAUGAACAUCAACUCCCGGCGGUUCUCCCUCUGCUGAGCGCGGUGGGACCCCUCGGAGUGCUCGGAACUGAGCCCGGACCGGAGCCUCGUGGGCACCCAUGGGUGCAUCCAGACCUGGUAGGGCUCAAGGGUCCUUCUCAAGACGCCCCGGGGACUGGGGAGCUCCCUCGGGGCGGGCGGUGCUUAGCCCUGGCACUGCCAGCCCUGCCCCGGGGACAACGCCGUGCCACCAUCCCCAUCGGGCACAGGGUGUUUUGGGGCACCCAGUGCCCUGUCCAUAAGGAUGGUGGGAAAUAUGGGGAGCAGCCCCUUGAGGAGGAAUAAAAGGAGG